AAGUGUGUCAGGCUGCCGGCGGGGAGGCUGGCGGUCCACCAUGUAGGUUCCCUCGCUGGCGUGAGCGAUGCGCUGGCUGCUGCCGCUGUCCCACGCAGUGACACUGGCCGUCGUGCGCGUGAGGCGAGGCGUCUGCGGGCUCGGGAUGUAUUACGCGGUGAGGAGGGGCCGCAGGACCGGCGUCUUCCUGAGUUGGAGUGAGUGCAGAGCGCAGGUGGACCGGUUCCCUGCUGCCAGGUUUAAGAAAUUUGCCACAGAAGAUGAAGCUUGGGCCUUUGUCAGGAGCUCUCCGAGCCCAGAUGGUUCAAAAGGGCAGGAAACAGCACAUGUGCAGGAAUCACCGGUGAAGACCAGCAAGCGGCCUCGGGAGCCUCCGCGUGAAGGGGAAGGGGAAGAACAGCCGGAACCAGGGGCAAAGCACACCAGACAGAGCACGGAGCUGGCUCCCCUAGUGAGCAAGGACACUUUUUCUUAUAUGGGAGAGUCAGUUGUUGUCUACACGGAUGGCUGCUGCUCCAGUAACGGGCGGAAGCGGGCGAGAGCAGGAAUUGGCGUUUACUGGGGGCCCGGCCACCCCUUAAAUGUAGGUGUUAGACUUCCUGGGCGACAGACAAACCAGAGGGCCGAGAUCCAUGCAGCCUGCAAAGCCAUCAUGCAAGCCAGGGCUCAGAACAUCAGCAAGCUGGUUCUUUAUACAGACAGCAUGUUCACCAUCAAUGGGAUAACCAGCUGGGUUCAGGGCUGGAAGAAGAACGGCUGGAGAACCAAUACAGGGAAAGACGUGAUCAACAAAGAGGACUUCAUGGAGCUGGACAGGCUCACCCAGGGCAUGGACAUCACGUGGAUGCACAUUCCUGGUCACUCCGGAUUCGUGGGCAACGAAGAAGCUGACAGGCUGGCAAGGGAAGGCGCGAAGCAGUCUGAAGACUGAGCGAAGUCGUUGCUGUACGCUCAGACCCGAGGAGUGGCUGUUCCUUUACCCUGAUGUGCAGUGAGGACACAGCGUGGAGGACUCGACCCUGACCUGUGACACAGCUUGAUGAGAAGUGCUUGAGUAACGGAAGGGGAAGGUUGAACUUAACCUUCUGUGGAAGUUCAGUCAUGGCCUUCUGGGUCUGACAUUCUUGUCUGAUUUGUUGCAGUCUGGCCCAAAAUGCUCCAGCUUGAUUUCAGUAGGAGUCAGUGAGACACUGGUCAGUACGUGUGGCCUAAAGGGGAUGUUCAUCUUCCUCCCAGUGUGCACAAGUACAAACCUCCUGCCUGUGCGGGCGUCCUGUGCCUCCAUCUGCAUCAGAGAUGAUGUGACCACGAGGGACCCGAGGCUGGUCUGGGGCCAGGCAGAGCCUGCACAUAGGUGACCUUGGCUCCUGGACCACCUUGUAGGAACAGCUGAGAACUUUAAAAACCAAGAUGCAUGAAUAUAUUGCUAAUGGA